UAAAAACGAAGAAGAAUUGUGAUUUGAGUUUUUAACAUUUGUGGGUGGUUGGGAAAGAGGAAAGAUCAAGAAAAUGUUUUGAAAAUAUUUUUACUUAUACUAGACGAUAUGGAAAAAAUCUUUUAUAGAAAUAAAAUAAUUUCAUAUUACGAUGGCUGAAAUGAGCCGAGUGCGAAUAAAAUGACAAUGCGUGUGAAAACCGCGCCUCUAACUUAUACUAUUCUCCUUACUGUAAUAGUUUCUGUGAUAUUCCUUAUAUCCGUAGUAGUAAGCUUUAUUUCAUUAUCAAAUGAUCAAUGCAAUUGUUCAACGGCCAAGGUGAAAUACGAACUUGUACCACAAAAUAGAAAAAAAUUGAUAAGUAAUAAGCACAAACUCGCAGUAUUAGUUCCUUACAGAGAGCGAUUCGAAGAACUCUUGGAGUUUGCACCGUAUAUGAAUCGUUUUCUUGACAGUCAGAACGUCGAUCACGACAUUUUCAUUCUAAACCAAGUGGACCAGUUCAGAUUCAAUAGAGCCUCACUCAUCAAUGCCGGAUUCCUGCAAGUCAAAAAUGACUACGAUUAUGUGGCCAUGCACGACGUGGACUUGCUGCCUCUGAACCCGAACUUACGCUACACUUAUCCAGAGCAGCCUCUUCAUUUGGCAGCCCCGAAUUUGCACCCAAAGUACCACUAUGAGAAGUUCAUCGGAGGGAUUUUACUGAUUAACAGUAAGCAAUUGGAAUUGGUGAAUGGCUUAUCAAAUAGAUAUUGGGGAUGGGGUUUGGAAGACGAUGAAUUUUAUGUUCGUUUGAAGGACGCUCGUCUCAACGUUACUAGACCUGAAAAUAUCACCUCUGGGGUCAACGACACUUUCAGGCACAUUCAUGGAAAAGAAAGGAAGCGGGAUUCUACGAAAUGCUUCAAUCAGCGUGAAGUGACUAGACGGAGAGACAGACACACUGGCCUGCACGAUGUCAAAUUUGACGUUGUCAGCCGUAAAAACAUGGAAAUCGAUGGGGCACCUUUGUUGAUAAUAAAUAUACGUUUACAUUGUAAUCGAACCGCUACGCCGUGGUGUGAUUGCUCUACAAAAAAGGGGGACCAGAAAGGCUGAGGCAAAAAGUAGUCUCUCCAAAUUCAUAAGAGUAUAAUUUUAUCUGGAAAUGUUUUCCUGGAAAACCAAUUGUUUUAUCUCGAUUGCAUUCGUCUUGUACAUGUUGUGCAAUGGCGUGAAAUUAAUAUUUUUUCGUGUAUGUCUUGGUGUUGUGCAAUAAUUUGAAACUUUUAGUAUAAUUCUUCCCUUGGUGCCAAUAAACCAUUGAAAUUACUUCACAGGCCAUAUGUACGAGGUGAUUUCAAAGCUAUUGAUUAUAGGAUAUUAUUAACUUGAUUAUUUUAGUAAAUCCCUUUUAAAUAGUACACACACUUUAAACUCUCGAAUUAUUUUUUAAUGGUUAUACAAAUGUAGGACAUUUUUAUUAAUUUGAACAGUGAAACCUUUUAUUACUGUUUCACGAAAUGAAUAAAAAAUUUUUAUCAGUU